AUGAGCAGCUACCCGAACGGCGUCCGCGAGUGCUGGGGCGACUACCGCAACGAAGAGGACCUCGAGGUCCCGACGCAGGCGCUGUACCAGCACCAGAAGAAGCUGCCGAACCUGCCCGUGCCCACGCUCGAGGCCACCUGCGCGCUCUACCUGCAGACGGUCCGCCCGCUCGCGACCGACGCCGAAUUUGCCGAGACCAAGAAGGCCGUGCUCGGUCGUAGCAAGACGCCGCUCUGCGCGACCGCGUACAAGUACAUGUUUAACGCGUGCCGCAUUCCGCACCGCAGCGCGGACUCGUACCGCAUUUACGACCCGAGCUUGCACCACCACAUUGUGGUCUUGCGCAACAACAAGUACUUCAAGGUGCAGCAGUCGGCGACGCCGCUCACGUUCCUCGAAUGGACCACCGUUCUCGACAAGAUUAUCGCGAUCGCCGGCGGGAAAGAGUCGGCAAUUGGCGUGCUCUCGUCGCAAGACCGCGACGUGUGGGCCGAUGGCCGCGACCAGCUCCUCGUCGAUGGCAACGAAGCGUCGCUCAAGGACAUCGAGUCGGCAGUCGUCGUGCUCUGCCUCGACGACGAGACGCCCGUCUCGCGUACGGAAGUCGCGCGCGGCCUCUGGCACGGCAACGGCCGCAACCGCUUCUACGACAAGACGAUCCAGCUCGUCGUGUACGAGAACGGCAAGGCCGGGAUCCUCGCCGAACACUCGAUGCUGGACGGGAUGGCCAUGAGCGUGUACGCGGACUUUAUGCUCACCGGUCUCCGCAACGGCUCCAUCGACCUCGGCGAUCUGACGACGCCCCAUGGCGCGCUCCAAUUGCCUGCGAUCACGCAGCUGCCGUUCAACAUUACGCGUGCAACGCUGCGCAACAUUGCAUUGGCCGAGCACAGCUUUGACCUGCUUGUCGCGGACCAUGAAGUGCACGUCGAGUCCUUCUUUGGCUAUGGCAAUGGCCUCAUGAAGACGUUCAAGUGCAGCCCGGACGCCUACGUGCAAAUGGCGAUUCAGCUCGCGGCGCGCAAGUACUGGGGCAAGGACGUUGGCACGUACGAAGCGUCGCAGGUGCGCCCGUACCUCCACGGCCGCACCGAAACGACGCGCAGCUGCUCGAUCGCGAGCAAGGCGUUUGUCGAUGCGAUGGUCUCCUCGGGCCCGCUCGAGCGCGUCAGCGACAAGGCCAAUGCCUGCCGCAACGCGUGUGCCUCGCACGUGCAGUACAUGAAGCUCGCGGCGCAGUCCAAGGGCGUCGACCGUCACUUUCUCGGGUUGCGCAUGCUUCUGCAGCCGGGCGAGUCGGCGGCGAUCUUUGAGGACCCGCUGUUCGCGCGCUCCAAGUACUGGCAGAUCUCGACGAGCCACUUGACGCACGAGCUCUUUGACGGCUGGGGCUGGGGCGAGGUGGUCGCCGACGGCGUUGGCAUUGCGUACAGCAUCAAGAAGAACUCGGUGCACUUUAACAUUGCGUGCCGCAAGACGAUUCCGCUCUCGAUGUCGCGCGCGUUUGGCCAUUUGCUCGAAGAGAGCCUCCUCGAAAUGCGCCAUAUCUUUGAAGCGGAGAUGCCGCCGCAGGCCAAGCUCUAA